UUAUACUCCUCGAGUCACUCAUCCUUUAAGCAGGGUGGGGCUAGGUGCGCGUGCGCGGUUUUAACACUCCUCCCCAAACUGCCAACUCUUCGCGCAAGCGGGGUAGACGCGCCUUCCGUGGGUUUACGCGUGCGCACUAGCGGGCCUGGCUCCGGAAGACCAGACGCCUGCGCAGCGGGGACUACGGUGACAGUACCCUGGCUGGGACGCCGGCCAGUCAUGGCGGAGUCUUGGUCUGGGCAGUCCUUGCAGGCUCUGCCGGCCACGGUGCUGGGCGCUCUGGGCGCCCUCGGCAGCGAGUUCCUGCUGGAGUGGGAGGCGCAGGACAUGCGCGUGACCCUCUUCAAGCUGCUGCUGCUUUGGUUGGUGUUAAGUCUCCUGAGCAUCCAGCUGGCGUGGGGGUUCUACGGGAGUACGGUGACCGGGCUGUAUCACCGGCCAGAUACCCACCCCCAGCUUGCUGCAGCUCUGGAUGUGUUCCUGCCCCCAGGUCUGGGCGGCCAGAACGGAUCCACACCUGAUGGCUCCACGCAUUUCCCUUCCUGGGAAACGACAGCAAACGAACCUCUUAAAACCCACAGAGAAUAAGGGAAGGCAGCAGAGGGGUCUCCAGGAACAUCACCAGGCCUCUCACUGUUGUGGCCUCCCCCGUUGCGGAGCACAGGCUCCGGAUGCGCAGGCUCCGGACGCGCAGGCUCAGCGGCCAUGGCUCACGGGCCCAGCCGCUCCGCGGCAUAUGGGAUCCUCCCAGACCGGGGCACGAACCCGUAUCCCCUGCAUCGGCAGGCAGACUCUCAACCACUUGCGCCACCAGGGAGGCCCCAGCCUUAUAUUUUAUGGUUACUUAGCUGGCCAUUCAAGUAUAAGACAGUGGACACCAAACACCCACCUCCUUUGGCUCAUCCUGAGCUCUCCAGGUGUGAGUCAGGCUAUAUAAGUUGUCUUUUCAUUGUACUCAUAUUCCUUUUAACCCCUCCCAGAAGGAAGCUGGGUACCUAAAAGUGGCUGAGUCCCGGGGGUGACCUCCCAUCUCCACUGCUUACGUGCCUGUGGGAUUGUGGAUCUGUACCCCGCCCCUCAAUGGGACAUACUGAGCUGUUUAGUGCAAAGCGGCCCCAUCGUGCCCUGCAGCCUCACCACUUCCCAUCUUGACCUGGAACCAGAGGAGCUUCGUUCUAAGAGCCCACAGGCUAGGCAGGCCUGCCACUUCCACAGUGAGCCAAGGGAACUUCUAAAGGUAUAAGUGGCAAACACCAGUUCCUGAAAGCAGUGUGGCCCUAGACCCGCCUCCUUCCCUGAUGGACAUACUUCUGCCUGCUUCUGCUGGGCCAGCAGCUACCUCAGUGUCCCACUGCUUCCUUCCUCUCUGUUAAAUGUCACAUUUCCAUCUGGCAGCCUUUGCCUAGGCUGUCUUUGCAGAGUGCACUGGAGUAGGACUAUGCUGAGCUCAUGCACGAGUACUCCGGAGUAUCUUCUGGCUGGUGGGAUGAUGGUUCUGCAGCCCCAGGCCUACCCACUGACAACAAACACCACACUCAGAAUUGGUCCCACAUUUCACCCCAGGCUCAACUGAGGAUGUGGCUUAUUAAACAUGGAAGUGCA